UUUUUUUCUCGACCCAAGCAACCAACAAGCAAGCUACAGAAAAGACAUUUAUCUGUUAUUUGAGGAUCUGGCUAUACAGCUGUGCUUCCUUGGAGUGAGGAUAAGAAGACAAGAUGGUUCCUUUGGAAAACCUUGUGGCUUUAACAAAGGUUUAUUUGCUUGAAAAGGCUCCAGGCUUCGGCUUGGAAAAUCCAACCGCCAAAAUUGAGCCCAGCAGCUGGAGCGGCAGUGAGAGCCCUGCCGAAAACAUGGAAAGAAUGAGCGACUCUGCGGAUAAGCCAAUUGACAAUGAUGCAGAAGGCGUCUGGAGCCCCGACAUUGAGCAGAGCUUUCAGGAAGCCUUGGCUAUCUACCCACCAUGCGGGAGGAGGAAAAUCAUCUUAUCAGACGAAGGCAAGAUGUAUGGGGCCGUAGGAGACUGCCGCUCAAACUGGCGCACGCAGCUAAGGAGAAAGCAGAUGGUGGUGCAGCUGCUCCCAGCUGUGGUCCCCGCCCUCCCCUUCCCCAGCCUGGAUGAUCAUUUUGAAAGUGAAAACCUGGAAAGCAUUUUAGAUUCCAUAGAGUAA